AUGGUUUACCCUCAUAGAGCCUACUUUUCACGACCUUUAAAAAGCUACACAAAAAAAGCGGAAGAAUAUCAAGCUUGUUUAAUUACUAUUAUAUAUGGCGAAACAUAUUUGGAUCCAGAAAAAUUUAAAGCUAGAAGUUUUGAUCUAAUCAAAGCAAUUGAGGAAAGACAUGAUUGUCCGGGGAGUGGUUUGAUAGGACAACAAAUGAGAAAGGAUUUCGCACUUUGUUCAAGGAAUUUAUUGAUCAAGCAUAAAUUAUAUGCCAAAGUCGUUGCCGUAAAGACGAACGAUGACGAAUUAUAUUCAGAAAGAUUUGGACUAUAA